AGGAGCAGUGUCGCUGUGGGUGCAUUGACAUGUGUGGGUGUGAGUCAGAGGAGUCGUGUGGGAGGAGUUAAAGUAAGAUGGCUGCGGGAAAGGGAAGAGUGUUUGAGAAAUCAUCGAAUGGGAUGUUUAUCUGUCUCUAACAGGAUGCACAGCUGCCCGAAUGAAGGAGUGGUUAAUUUGUUAGCUUCCCCGGCUCAAUAUGGUCUAGCUCGCCAGUUGUCUCCAGGUUACUUGCGCGCUGGUCAUCCGUUUACUGCUCUGACAUUGUGGAAUUCAUUAGCAGCUAGUCGUUAGCAACCUACCAGCGCUAACUUACUAGCAACCAGCUAGCAGGUAUCCGUGGAAAUCAGGACCUCGCAACAACUGUUGAGACUCCCACAAAUAUUAAAGAGCAGAGUGGCCGUCCUGACUGGCUAUGGAGUGGUGUUGGCUUCAGACUGGAUGACAGGGUCUACAGGGUGGACAGGGUCGCACCGAUUCUGAAGCAGCAGCGGGCUUUUCCUAGAUGUACACUGACUGGCUGUGACAGCGCGUUUGCAGCAGACCUCCUUCCCCUCCUCUCUUUUUGGAAACACUCCCCCUCCCCUUUCUCCCCGUCCUCCUCCUCUCCUUCUCCCUCCCUCACCUUUUCCUUUCCCCUUCAUUUCUUUUUGCCUUCUGUUGCUCCCAUACUUCGACCUUUUUUUUCUUUCUUUUCUUUUUUACCGGAACUCCUUCUCUCGUAUUUAAGUUCUUGUGACCUUUUGACCUGCCUCUCACCGGAUCCAGAAUGAGCUGGCUGAGCAGGUUGAACCCGCGGGCUCCGGGGAAUCGGUCUGGCCGGAGUGCCGCCCCCUCCAGCCCCUGCACUGCUGACCCGGAGACCUGCCUCAUGGUGUUUGAGAACCACUGGAGACAGGUCUCUUGGGUGUUGGAGCAGCAGGAGCCUUCAUCCUCCAGCGAUGACCUGACGGCAGUGAGGAAUCACACCGACCAGAUGUUAUGUCUGCUGGCAGAGGAGCGGCCUGCUGAGAGCCCAGAGGGUGCCCCCGGCGUGGCACCCAUGGGCCCCAUACUGGAGCUGGUGGUCACCCAGAAUAUUCUGGCGGGCCUGGUUCAGUGGCACCUCCGCCGCGGCUUGGACCCAGACAGCCAGGGGGCGCUGCUCAAGCUGUUUGAGAUGCUCAUCGGCCAGUCCCAGCAGCCUCUGCUGCAGCACACAGCCGUCCUCCACCCCCUGCUGAGGCUGCUGGGAGCUUGCGCUGACCCAGAACUUGGUUGUCCGUUAGCCCUGGAAAACAGCCUGGUACUGCUGCUCAAUCAGAUCUGUGUGUCCAUGGCCCGGCAGCCUGUGGUUUUAGAGAUGCUGUUUCGGGCGGCACCGGCUCAGCAGGGCUCCACCAAUCUGCUGAUCUUCUCCCUCCUGGUGCCGUUCAUCCACCGGGACGGAGCCAUCGGACAGCAGGCCCGAGACGCACUGCUGCUGGUCAUGGCGGCCUCGGCCAGCCACGAGGCCGUGGCACGUUACAUUGCUGAGAACUCCUACUUCUGCCCAGUGUUGGCGACGGGCCUCAGCGCUCUCUACUCCUCUCUGCCGAGAAAGAUUGAGGUCCGAGGAGACGACUGGCACGCCCUGCGGCGGGAGGACUGGAUGGGCGUCUCAUCGCUCGUGCUGUUCAUGAACUCUCUGGAGUUCUGCAAUGCCGUGGUGCAGGUUGCUCAUCCCCUGGUCCGCUCCCAGCUCCUGGACUACCUCCACAACGGCUUCCUCGUACCCGUCAUGGGCCCCGCGCUGCAUAAGUCGUCGGUGGAUGAGAUGAUUGCCAGCACCGCCUACCUGGACCUUUUCCUGCGCAGCGUGUCAGAGACGUCGCUCCUCAAAACCUUCCUGCGCUUUUUCCUGCUGCAUCGCCACGACAACGACACCAUCCUGGACACAUUACUCACACGCAUCAGCAGCAAUUCAAGGCUCUGUAUGGUAUCGUUGAGCCUCUUCAGGACUCUUCUGUCUCUGAACUGUGAAGACGUCAUGCUGCAGCUUGUUCUCAGGUAUCUACUGCCCUGUACCCAUGUAAUGCUGAGUCAGCGUCGUGCUAUCAGGGAGGCUGACCUGUACGGAAAGUCAGCAGACAAGUUCCUGUCGCUGAUCCCAGAGUGCUGCCGGCUGAAUGCAGGGUCCUCUGCUGACGAGGACGGUGCGUUCUGGGGAAAAGUACUGAACAGUCCCACCACAGAGUCUCCAGCCCCACCCAGACCCAGCACCCCAUCCCGCUUAUCCUUCUUCAUCCGCCAACAGAGCAGUGGAGGUGGAUCAGGAGGAGGGGGUCCCUCUUCCCCCACCAGCAUGGAGCCGCUGCAGUCGGGUCCUUCCAGCUCCCACCCGCUGUCCCCUGAGAGCCCGAUGCACCAGCAGCAGACUAACACGGAGUGUCUGGACUGGGAUUCGGGUUACCUGGAGUACCUCAAAGACGCCCGGCGGGGCAUCGAGAUUUGCUCCUGGGCCUGCCGCGACUGGUCGGCGCCCUAUGAUGGAGAAAACCCCUCCCCGAACACAGCCCCUCCACCCCCACCUCCCCCUACGUCCAACCCCUCCAUGGCUAUGUUCCCCGAGCACUUCUCUUUGCAGCAGGGAGGAAGCAGUAACACCCCGCCAGGCCAGCAGAGGGCGCCCACUGUGGCUGCAGCACGAGCCGAGUGGAGCAGCUCAGAACGGGACAGCGGCGAGUGGGACGUUACGAUCAGCAAAAACAACUGCAUCAGCCUCACGCCACGCUCCAAGAAACGCAGCCUGCAGAGAGAGGAGCUCCUGCCAAAGCCUAUACCUCAUCUCGUCCCCUCCUCCUCGUCCUCGGCUGCCCCUUCGUCGACUUCCCACCCCGCCUCGUCCCCAGCACCACACAAUCCCACCUCUGCCAUCACCGUUAGCUACCAGGCCGUGUAUAACGGAGUGACGGGGCAGGGGGACGGGGGCUCAGACAAUCGGGACCGAGGACUGGAGGUAAAGAAAGUGAAGAGAGACUUGGGGGAGCAGCCGUAUUUGGAUGAAAACGCAAAUCAAAAUGGAUCCCUUGUCACCUGCUCCUCCCAAAGCUGCACCACUCUGCCGCAGUCCAUUUUUAGCAACAGCGAAUUGGGUGAUAGCCCUAACCAGAUUUCCUCUCAAAGCUCCAUCACCCAGCCAACGUCUGACACCAAAUUGCUGACCAGCGACACCUCAAACCCACCGAGUGCAUCCUCCGAUCUUCCAGAAGCCAACCAGACGCAACAAUCUGUAGAGAGUCUUAUCCAGGAGCUGUUGGAGCAGGCACCAGGAGAAGCGCCGCUCCCCGGGGAAUCCAACGGUCAGGGCAUCAGCAUCGAGGCCUUCACGCAGGAGCUGAGGGAGCUGGAGGACCGAGUGAAGGAGCGCAGCAGAGCAGCCUGCCAGCAGGAGGAAAGCACCAGAGAGUCCCUAUCCUCUGAGCGGCAGGAGGAGCAGCAGCUGUCCUCGGCCCUGGAGGCGAAGCUGACCGGUGACCCCAAGGAAGACGGGCCUGCGGUGGGCCUCUGCAGUCCUGCCAGACCACUAAAUCAACCUGCCUACCAGCCGUACACAGGUCCGUUCAUGGUGGUUCUGUUUUCCAAGCUGGAGAACAUGCUCCAAAACUCGCUGUACGUCAACAUCCUGCUCACGGGCAUCGUGGCCCAGCUGGCCUGCUAUCCUCAGCCCCUCCUACGCUCCUUCCUGCUCAACACCAACAUGGUCUUCCAGCCGAGCAUCAAGUCACUGAUCCAGGUUCUAGGUUCUGUGAAGAACCGUAUCGAGGCGUUUGCAGCCUCUCAUGAGGACUUCCCUGCCAUGCUGAAGAAAGCCCAACAGUACCUGGUGGCCCGAGGCAAGUUGGACUGGGCUGACUCUCCUGCAGCAGUUCCUACCCUGCGGCGCUCUGAUUCAUUAGUGAAGAGUCGUAAGCCAUCUCUCGGAGACCUGAUCCUUCGUCACACCAACAGCCCGACCCGGGCUCGGCACGCCGCUCAGCUGGCCCUCGCACACGUACGGGACGGCAGCCAAUCGCUGCACAGCGCUUUGUUCAGGGGCGGCGGAGGGGCCUCUGGCUUGGAGAAGCAAGCUGAGGCUCUGCGAGUUAAGAACGCCGUCUACUGUGCCGUUAUCUUCUGUGAGUUCCUCAAGGAGCUGGCUGCCCUGGCUCAAGAGCACGCCGUCACUCUGCCUUUCCCUCACAGCCCGGAGGCAGAGGAAUAGAUUGCAAACUCCUCAAAUCUAGGUCUUAGCCUCUCUUUCUUUUUGAUUAGGCUGUAAAAAAAGAGUUAUAUAGGAUUCUCCCACCACCAGAGGACAGACUAAAGCCCUGAGACUUUUCUGUCACUAAAGUGGGUCGUCUGCAAUGACACUGACAAGAUGGAAACAGUGGCAUUUUUGUACCAAAUUGUUAUAGGAUACCUAUAUGACUGGAAUAAUUUUCCUCAUCUGUAAACUUAUGAUAUUGUGCAUAUCAUGAAUACUAUUUACAUUCUAUACUCGGAAAAUCUCAGUAAAUGCUUGAGAUUAAGGAGCUUGUACAUACACAUACCAUGUCAUGGUAUAAUGUGACACAGUAAAGCCACAGAUAAAAGAAAUAGGUGCACAUAUUGGUGCUAGUCUCUUUUAUGUUUUAAGUUGAAAGGGUGCUUUCAGGCGGCACGGAGGAGAAGAAGUUUUUGUCCUCAACAAAAUAAUAACAAAACACCAAAAAUAGUUUGGCAGGAAAACAUUGAAAGUGUAGACUCGUCAGUCACCUAUGAAAUGAUCCCAUCAGCUUUGGCCAUGUCUGUAUGACAAGCUCGUCUUUGCUUUGGUCCUCUAUCAAGGACUGGCCAAUAGAGGAAGCUCACACAGAGAGACGAAAACUGGAACACAGGGGAGGGACAGUGCCACUUUCUCCUGUGACUCAGCACGGCCAACGCAAAAUGUACUGGAAAACUUUGGAUAACGAAUACCAUUUUUAUUGUAUUUUGUUUUAAACAUGUUUGUCUUUUGCAUUUGCACCAUUUUCUAGACAUAUCAGCAACGUGUGGGAGCAGGUGUGUCUGUCGUCAUGUAUGCAAGGUUUAUUUUAACAAAUGACUCCAACUCUUCAGGCCAUUAGUAAGCCAUUCACCUGUUGCCAUAAAGGAGGCUGCGGGAUUGAAAGGCAGCACUGCUUUACAAUUCAUACCUUUUUGUCUGUCAUUUAGUCUUUUUAAAAGACCUGAGAGAGUCUGCCAUAAAAAGGUGAGAAGGGAAGUGUUGGCAUGAUUUCCAUUUACUUUGAACUGACAUUUGAAAAAUGUCCUUUUGAGGUAUUCACUCA